GAAGAUAAACAAAAAAGGAAGGAAGCCUUCAGCUACACAAUCGCGGCAAAAUCGGUUUAAAAUUUUAGCUUGGAGCUGUAGUUAGCAACUACAUGCAGCCUUUUAUUGCUUAGAUAGUUGCCAUACGGAGUUCACAAUCAUGGACGACGCAAUUAUAUUUCGUAUGAGUGCGUUUUCCGAGCAAGGGGGGAGAAAAUACAUGGAGGAUGUUGUCGAGAUAAGAAUCGAGUACGAGCCGACGCCAACGCCAGUCGAAGACUAUCCCAAUUCUCAAAGAGCCGGGGGACCGGGGAAAGCGGAAAGUGAACAUAUCAAACAGACUGAAAGUGAGACCCACGGACAUAAGGUUUCUGCCGAGUCAAGUCCAGCUUCUGCAGCGUGGAUAGAGAGUUUAGCAGACGGGGAUAGCGACAACAUCAGUGCACCGCCAGCAUCAAACGAAAAAGACGCAGAAAAUCUAGUCGACACUCGAAAGUCUGUGGCGUUUUUCGCUGUUUUCGAUGGUCACGGGGGUCGAGAAGCGGCACAUUUCGCCAGAGAGAAUCUGUGGGGCUUGUUGAAAAGGCAGCGGGGGUUUUGGUCGAAAGAUCACAGCGAAGUAUGCGCUGCUCUUCGGAAAGGCUUCAUCGCUUGCCAUCACGCAAUGUGGAAAGAGCUACCGGAAUGGCCAAAGACUAUUACCGGGCUGCCUAGUACAUCAGGCACCACAGCUAGUGUUAUUGUGAUCCGCGGGGUUCACAUGUAUGUUGCCCACGUAGGGGAUUCAGCAGUAGUGGUUGGAGUGAAAGAAAAUGACUCUGACAUCACGCUCCAGGCACUUGAAGUAACACAAGACCAUAAACCCGAACUUCCUAAAGAGAAAGAAAGGAUUGAACGACUGGGUGGCAGUGUAAUGAAGAAAUCUGGGGUGAACCGUGUUGUGUGGAAGAGGCCCAGGCUGACCCACAAUGGCCCUGUGAGGAGGAGUACAGUCAUUGACCAGAUCCCAUUCCUGGCUGUAGCCCGAUCCCUUGGUGACCUCUGGAGCUACGAUUUCUAUAGUGGGGAAUUUGUGGUUUCUCCUGAGCCCGAUACCACUGUGAUGACCCUUGACCCAAAACGGCAUCGCUACAUUAUUCUCGGCAGUGAUGGACUAUGGAACAUGAUGCCACCCAAGAAUGCUGUUAAUAUGUGUUAUAGCCACGAUAAAAUGGUGGGGCCAAAGGGAAUGUCUUGUGCCCGCCGGCUGGGAUGCACGGCCCUAUUGUUUUGGAAGGAACGCAUGCUCCGUGCAGACAACACGACAGUCAUCGUCCUGGCCCUGCAGGAACGUGGCGGCCCACCUAUCCCUAUGCAUCGAGAUGAGAUUGUUGUUGACAUGGCUACAGGAAUUGACCAUGUUCCAUACCCAGGAACUCCCUAUAACACAUGUGAGAUCCCAAAGUGGAGUGGUGAGCCACUGAAUGUCCCCUCCCCUUUCAAAGAAAGUUCCACAACUCUGGAGCAGGCAUUUGGGCUUUACGAAGCAGCUUUCUGUGCGACCACGCAGCUCCUACCCGACAUCGACUCCGUCGGUGACGCGUUGCGUCCUCCAGAUCAUUCUGCAACUGUUUUUGAAAAGCAAGACUCGACAACCCAAAUGGACUGCGCUACUUCAUCUCCUCCGUUAAAAAGGUCUCGCCGCUGUUCGCACGUCUCCCCAGAACUCCGUCAUCGUCGGCUCGGCCGGCCCCCCAGCAAAAGUUUGUCCCCAAAGACGCCUCACGGCGAAACAGAAACUGAACAAUCCCUGCAGACUCAGAGCAGAGAAAGAAGCUCCUCUGAGGAACGCAGCAUCCUUUCACAGCACCACAACGCUGCCUUGUGCGUGUGCUGAAUCUGGUGUCAUAGGAAGUGUUUUUGCCUCGACGCUGAAUUAAUGAUCUGCAUCGUGUUGACUUUGCUUAUGAACCAGGUGUGCCACAGGCCAUUUCCUAAAUGUAUACUUUGCUACAAAGUCCCUUUUUUUGUAAAUAUGUGAGAAAAUUGUGAAUGUGUUAUUGCUCUCUUAUUUUUUUUCUCCUGCCCCCCAGUUUUAGAUUUGAGUUUGCCAGAAUUGUGAAUUUCAUACUUUUAAGUAUGUACAAUAUAUUCAAAAGUCAGAUUAAUAAGGUAGACCAGAAAAUCAGAAACCACGCCAGUUCACCAGAACUGUUAAGCAUGUGAUCUUCAGGAUUUUUAUCAACUAAAUGGACUAUUUUAGAUUGUUUUUAACUUGGUGGAUGGUAUUACAUGCUAGCCUUUCCUUGACUGGAUUUAGCACUUCAGAUCAGUUGCUUGGAUUAAAUGUGCUACUGUGUCAGUGUUUGGAGACGGUUCACAGUGAGCUUCAUUCACAUGUGGAGUUUAGGUUUCUGAGAGCAUAUUCACUUGGAGAAACCCUCUAGCACUCACUUUGGGGUGCAAGUACCAAUUUUGAAACUGUAUUGUUAAUUAUGUGCUGUUAUGAUCACAGCUUUUACUCAUAGAAUUGCUGAAUUUUAUGCAUAGCUUGUGUUGUGUUAAAGGCUAACUUCACACAGAUUACAUGCUCAUACUAGUAUGCAUUUAUAUGAACACACUUUGAGUGAACGGAUUUGUUUUACCUCUCCAUUUUUGGACUUCCUACUGUUCCAUUCCACUCAUCUUAAUUUAUUUUUAUUUAUCAUCUGAAUGAUGGUUGUUCAUUUAAAUCCUUGGACCUCUCUAGAAGUUUAAUUAAUAAAGGCAGCAAUAGAGUUUAUCGACUUUAUCGGGUGUCUACGCAUUGCAAAAGCCAAGCACACUACAUGACCGCUAGGCACUAACACAACUUUAACAAGUCUUCCUCUUUGUUGUUAUAUACUGUAUUCUUUGUGUAUGCAUGGUUUGCAUCCACAGCUUGCGUUUGAAUCUGCAAAGGCAACACUUAAUGUAUUCAACAUAUGGAACAUAAAGUGCCAGAUUGAUGGCGAUGUGAUCAAAGAUCUGACCGGCAGCUCGGUUACAGUUCUAAGUGAUUUGUUGCCUUCUCUUUUUUUUCCAUUAUUGAAGAUGUCAUGGAUGCCUUAGCACAUCUGAGUCCAGUGUGCUCUUCACAUAUUUGGGAACCAAACAGGUGACAAUCUCUGUGGCCCAGCCUCAACCGCCAUGCACCUUCAGUUAGUCUAAUUAGUCAUUAGUCUUCUACCAUUUGCACUGCGGCACACUAAACCUGCUCUGUGUGGUUAAUAUUUUCCUAUUACUUUGAGCAGUUUGUUUUUGUACAGUGCAUCAAUAUGCAAUAGAAGUUUGUACAGUACAUCAUUAUGCAAAUUAAUUGGGGUGUUUCAGGAGUCUGGCAUGCUCAGAUCUAUUCUGUGUGUUGUGAAGUGUCCAGAUGGGUGUUAAUGGGCAUGUGGUGUGUUUUGACAAUUACAAUACUUUGGUCUGACUUUGUAUCCAAACACAGUUAUUGAGAUUUACUGUGUAAGUUGCAUACUUUACUGGCUAUAAAGUGUUUGUGUGUUGUAAUAAAGUUCUCAUUUUUCA